AUGCAGGUUCUUUUCAAGGGGGUGGAGUUAUUCUACUAUUGUCAAAGACCACUAUUAAUUAUAUUAUUGAAGCUUAGUAAAGCUAAAGUUGUAAUGUCUGAAGAAAUUUUAAAUGCUGGUAUGUUUACCGUUCAACUCGACACAACUCAAAAUAUAUCCGUAGUUGAUCAAUGUUCGGUUAUUAUUCGCUAUAUUAGUGGUACUAUUAUUCAUGUAAGAUCAGUCUGUAUUGUCAAAUGUACCUUUAGUAAAGGAAUUUAUAUGGUUGAAUUAAUUUUGAAAGUUUUCAAUAGCUUGAACUUUGAUCCCAAAAAGUGUGUUGGUAAUUCUACUGACAGAGCAGCAAAUAUGCAUCCCUGGAUUUUUGGAUUUUCUGCUCAGCUGAGUAAUGUGGCAAAAAAUCAAAUACAUAUAUAGUGUUACGCUCAUGUUUUAAACUUAAUUAUUGGUGAUAUAACUAAUAAAAUUCUUCAGUCUAUUAAUUUAUUUGGAAUACUCAAUGGAUGUGCUGUUUUUAUUAAAGAAUCCCAUAAGCAUAUGGAUGUGUGGACUAAUAAAAAAAGAAUAAACAAAUAUGUUAUAUAGGUGAGACUAGAUGGUAGUCUAAACAUAGUGUGUUAUCUAAAGUGUUAAGUCAUUUCAAGAAUCCAGAACCUGGUUUAUUUGUGGAACUUAUAACUACAUUAAUUGAGAUUAAAGCAAUAGGUUUGAUAGAAGGAUUAUGCAAGUAUGAAACUGUUUUAACAGCUCAAAUUUAUUUGUGGAUUUUUCAAAAAACUACUCCACUUUCUAAGUAUUUACAAGGUCAUGGAGUAAAUAUGAUGACAUCUUAUUAAAUCAUUCAGGCAACACUUGAAGAGCCUAAACUUAAUGCACGUGACUUCUCAAGUGUCAAAGAAUCAGUAGACAAUUGUGUUGUGUGGGUAAAUAAUAAAUUAGAAGUUAAAGGCAAUAAAGAAGUUAGCCAUAGUUUUCCAAAGUAUUUCAUCUAG